AUGAGUCCAGUCCUCCCCUGGCUCUGCCCAGCGCCCGAUUGGCUCCGCAGCCCGGGGGGGACCGAUAAGGGCGGCUAUAAAACCCUCGCAGCUCCCGGUCCCCCAGCGAGCAGCAGCCAGAGGGGCCACCCGGGCUCGCCAGGAUCCUCCCUCCUUCCUGCCCUCCCUCCUGCGAGCGCGUAUCCAGCUCCACAUCUUUGCUCAAGCCGGAGUGGAAGAGGAGAGGAGCACACAUCCAAAAAAAAAAAAAAAAAAAAAAAAUCAACCACCAAAAAAAAAAAAAGAAAAAAAACCAACCCAACCCCACACUUAGCGGAAACUUGUCAAAGAAUGCUCCUAAAGUCUGGUUUUCUCCUGCUGCUGCUGAUCAGUGCAUCCGCAUCCUACGAAGCUGAGCAGAAUGACUCGGUGAGCCCCAGGAAAGCGCGGGUGGCAGCGCAGAACUCAGCCGAGGUGGUUCGGUGCCUGAACAGUGCCCUCCAGGUGGGCUGCGGAGCCUUCGCCUGCCUGGAGAACUCCACGUGCGACACGGACGGGAUGUACGACAUCUGCAAAUCCUUCCUCUACAGCGCUGCUAAAUUCGACACUCAGGGAAAAGCUUUCGUGAAGGAGAGCCUGAAGUGCAUCGCCAACGGGGUGACAUCCAAGGUGUUCCUGGCCAUCCGCAGGUGCUCCACGUUCCAGAGGAUGAUCUCCGAGGUGCAGGAGGAGUGCUACAGCAAGCUGGACCUGUGCGGCAUCGCCCGCCGCAACCCCGAGGCCAUCACCGAGGUGGUGCAGCUCCCAAACCACUUCUCCAACCGGUAUUACAACAAGCUGGUGAGGAGCCUGCUGGAGUGCGACGAGGACACGGUGAGCACCAUCAAGGAGAGCCUGAUGGAGAAGCUGGGGCCCAACAUGGCCAGCCUGUUCCACCUGCUGCAGAGCGACCACUGCGCCCAGGGCCACCCCCGCGCCGAGCUGCUGCGCAGGAGGCUCUCGGAGCCCCAGAAGCUGAAGCUGCUCCUCAGGAACCUGCGAGGUGAGGGCUCCACGCCCGCCCACGCCAAGCGCGGCUCCGCCGAGCGCGCCUGAGCGGGCGGGGCGGGCCGAGCACGACCAAAGCUGAGGGCUCUGCUCUAGGAGUGCUGCACCCAAAGCCACUGGACUGUCGGUGUUUUAACCCCCAGGAGCUGGGUUUAGUUCCUUAGGGCUCGUUUAGUUAGUUCAUCUUCUCUGUUCCUCUCCAACAACACUCCUGCAUGGGUCUGUGUUCGGUGUCGCGGCUUUCCCGCCAGCCAGACGGCUCUGUCUCUUCUCUUCCCCUCAAAAAAAUCUGUUAUCCCCAAAAAUCUUAGUCUUUAGUAGAUCCCUACAGUGGUUGGGCCUUCAGGCACCAAACUCCCAACGUUUGGAGGCUGAGUUUUGUCCCAAACUGUUGUGCUGACAGCACCCGGGCCUGGAGGUUCAGCACCGAGGGGAGGAGCUGGUCCUCUCCUGCAGGUGACGAAAGAUGCACUAAAAACUUCCACACACCCCAAAACACCCGUGGGAUUCACGUCAUGAAUCCAUGCUGGCCAUGGACGAACAUGGAUGUCACCUUCCUGGUCCUGCAGUGUCACCCUCAGUCCUAAUCCUUCCAGCAGAGUGCUGUGAACACGUUUAAGUCAGGAUUUACCAAACUUGCUGCAUGGUUUAGUCACCAGGAGCUGGUGCAAAAUGAGCUCAAAGCACCCCACAAAGCCCAAAGCAGGAGAGGGACGUGUUCCACCAUGGAAAGAGGCUGUGGCUGGAGCUGGUCAGGAGGUCCCAUAAUUGUGUGUUGUAUUUCAAAGCUCACAUCUCUGUACUGUAUUUAACUGCCUGAAGCUUUAAACCAAGCCUAACAGAAACAAAGCCUGUCUUAAGAUUAGAGUAUUAAAGGCCUUGCUCUAACUGUGGUAUAAAUAGUGCUAAAAUCUGUCUGUACUGUACAUAAACUCCACCAGAGCCUGCUUCAAAGGAGCAGGACAGAAUAACUUUAUUGCCUAAACUGAGUUUUGUAAGUCAGUUCUUUCAUCAUCAUCAUCAUUAUUAUUAUUAUUAUUAUUAUUGCUUUUUUUUUCCUGGAAGCAGCACCUCUGUCAUAGUCAGGAGUUCACAUUCCACUCAGUGGACUUUUAAGAAAGGAAGAGGGGAAAGGUUUAGGAUGGGAAUUGCAGGACCAGGAACAGCCUUUCAGAGCUGAAAUUGAGGCAAAAUCCAUAGAAACCCAAGCUCAGGCUGGUCAGUCCUGUCCCCACAGGGCUGCCAGGAAAUGCACUUAGAGCCAGGGCAGAGCUGCUGGAAAUUUUGGAAUUGUCAGAUCCUUUGGGAAUCUCACGGGGCAAAAUUCCCACCAGGAUUUCUGGGCAGAGGCAGGGAAAAUCCGUCAUUCUCUCAAGCUGCAGCAGGAAAGCUGAGGACACAAUGAACCCUCUGGGAGCUGCCUUUCCUCCACCCUCCUCCUCCUCCUCAGCGGGCUCUGGGAAGAGGAGCAGAGCUGGAGACCCCAAAGCUGCUCCCCAGCACAGCCAGGCCCUGGUGAGCCCAAAAAUGCCCUUUGUGCUGUGGGACCCACCCAAAAAUGCCCUUUGUGCUGUGGGACCCACCCAAAAAUGCCCUUUGUGUUGUGGGAUCCACCCAAAAAUGCCCUUUGUGCUGUGGGACCCACCCAAAAAUGCCCUUUGUGCUGUGGGAUCCACCAAAUGCCAUUCAUGGUGGGGAUCCACCAAAUGCUCUUUGUGGUGUGGGAUCCACCCAAAAAUGCCCUUUAUGGUGUGGGACCCACCAAAUGUUCUUUGUGCUGUGGGAUCCACCACAUUCCCUUCAUGGUGUGGGACCCACCCAGUGCCCUUUGUGGUGUGGGAUCCACCAAAUUCCCUUUGUGCUGUGGGACCCACCAAAUGCUCUUUGUGCUGUGGGAUCCACCCAAUGCUCUUUGUGGUGUGGGACCGACCAAAUUCUCCUCGUGGUGUGGGACCCACCAAAUUCCCCUCGUGGUGUGGGACCCACCAAAUUUCCUUCAUGGUGUGGGACCCACCAAAUUUCCUUCACGGUGUGGGAUCCACCCAACGCCCUCAGUGCUGUGGGAUCCACCAGGCCAACCCCAAACCCACGCCUUGAAGUCCCUGCAGCGUGGGAGACUCUGCCUCGGAGCGUUGGAGAGCCGAUCAAGGAGGGAUCUCUUUUUCUUAUGGAAACCUGAAGCAAUAUUAUUUUAAUUUUUUUUUGUGUUGUUUGGGAAACCACAAAGCCUUUAAACCAGAACUUGCUGCUACAAUAUCAAAACCAGAUGCAGUGGCAGCGUUUCAGAUGUCGCUGUCUUCACGAAACGUAGAAGUGCUGGCAGAGAAUUGGAAGCAGCAAAAAAAAUAUUGCUGACAUUGGUGGAGGGUCAGAAUUUGUAAUUUUUUUUGGGAUACUCCAAACAGAGCCGUGCAGGGCAAGGAAGAUGCAAAGUUGCUCCUUCCUGAAUCAGGCAGGGAUGGAGAGGCCGACACAAAGAAGCUCUGAGAGGUGAAAAGCAAAAACUUCUGGAAUAUCCUGACCCUAAAAUUGGGAUUAUAAUUAGGAAUUGAUCCCAGGAGCCCAUCCCUGACUUCCCAUCCAGCAGCUGUUGGGGGCCAGGGAAUUCUGCUGGGCUUUGUGCCUCCAGUCCAUGAUUUUAUUUGGGAAUUGGGCACAAAAAGUCUUUCCCUGCCUCGGGGCAGUGGUCCAGCCCCACCUGGGAGUGCUCCAGAGCUCCCACUGUGGGAUCCCAAAGCUCCCAGGAGCUUUCCAUGGACACCGGGGCAGGGACAUUCCUCAUGGAAAGUGGCUUCUCCACCCACCCAUUUCUCUGUGACCCCAGAAGGUGCCCAGAGCAGGUUUGGGGCUGGGGAGGAGCCCUGGGCCUCCCAGUCCCAUCUUUUUUUGGGGUGCCAUCAUGAAAUUUCCCUUUCCAGCAGCGAUUCCAACUUUGUCUCCUGCAUGAGGGUGGGAAGAGGAGCGGGGAGAUGAUUGCCCCUGGUGGGGUUUGCUGUGGUGGCCCAGGGAUCACCCCUGGAAACACCCCCGGGAGCUCCCCCUGUCCCAAGGAGCCACAGUUCCCAGUGUUUGAGCUGCUCUGAGGCCGCUUUGGUCCCUGUGCUGGAGCAGGGAGGGAUUUGGGAUCCCUCACCCGAGCUGGGCACUCCCAGCUCUCCCCACUCUGCCGAGGGGCUUUGGGAGCUCUGCCCAUCCCUCGGGAAUGGGGGAAAGGUUUGGAUUUGGGUGGGAGAGAUCCCCACCACCAGGUCCAGCAAUUUCACCCCAGAGUUGAUCUCUGCUUCGUGGUUUUGGUCUCACAAAAGGAUUUUUCUUCUCUCGGGGCGGGGAGGGGCUUCUCUGGGAAGGUUUGCAUGAGUCUCGUGGUUUGUUUGCACUUUAGACGUUUUUGUGCCAUUGAAAUUUGCAUUCUUUGUAUUUAUAAUUUAAAGAGACCUAGAAAAGGGAAAAGGGAGAGAGUUUGGGGGUUUUGGGGGGGUUCUGGGUUUUGGGUUUUUUUUGCUGAGUACUGGAAUAAACAGUGAGCAUAUCUGGUAUAUGUCCUUAUUUAUUGUUUCCAUGACAUUUGUAAAGCUCCGUGUGUUCAUAUAAAGGUUAUUUGAAACAUAUCAUAGCGAGGAGAGAGAGGCAAGUUAUUUUCUUUGCUUAUUUUUAUAAUUAAAGAUGCAUAAUGUAAUGAGGCCUACGUUGGAUUUUCUUCUGCAAUGAAAUAAAAACUCAAAUUUAAAGGG